UCCACAAAAAUGACUUCUUUUCUUUCUUCAAGACUUUUUGAGCUACUUGUAGUCAUAUUGUCACUUGCUCAAUUUUCAUUAUCAACUAACCAAAUUCAAUAUAACUUCCAUCAAUGUCUUUCUACAAUCCAAACUCCCAACACUUUCUUCACUCCAAACAGUCCCAAUUACACAACACUCCUCACUAACACUGCCGAAAAUCUUCGUUGCAUAACCCCUUCUAAUCCCAAGCCCCAAGUUAUUUUCACACCGUUGAACGAACACCACGUUCAAACCGCGGUUAUUUGUGCCAAAAAGUUUGGUAUCCAGCUCCGCUUUAGAAGUGGAGGCCAUGAUUAUGAAGGGAUCUCUUACACUUCCGCUAUGGACCCUCAAUAUGUUGUUAUCGACUUCUCUAAAAUGCGUGCCAUUUACGUGGAUCUUGAUGACACUUCUGUAUGGGUUGAGGCUGGUGCAACCCUUGGUGAGCUUUAUUACCGGGUUGCUGAGAAAAGCAGGACACAUGGGAUUGCAGCCGGGCUCUGCACCAGCCUAGGCGUCGGUGGGCAUAUCACGGGCGGGGCAUAUGGGUCCAUGAUGAGAAAAUACGGGCUAGGAGUGGAUAACGCUCUAGAUGCUAAAAUAAUUAAUGCCAAAGGAGAAAUCCUGGAUAGAAAGUCCAUGGGAGAGGACGUGUUCUGGGCGAUCCGUGGUGGUGGUGGGGGUAAUUUCGGUGUCAUUGUUUCAUGGAAACUGAAACUCGUACCUGUCCCUGCUACCGUUACGGUUUUCAAUGUUGAAAGAACAUUGGAGCAAGGUGCCACCAAAAUUCUUUACAAAUGGCAACAAGUGGCUCCGCACUUUAAAAAUGAUGAUCUUUGGACCAGAGUAUUCAUCAAUCCCUCUAAUAUACAAAACACAACUAAAAGAACCAUAAGCACAACUUACAAUACCCUCUAUCUUGGAAGAGCCAAGCAGCUCCUUAAAUUCAUGAACAAGAACAUUCCCGAGCUGGGUUUGCAAAAAAGCGAUUGCCACGAAAUGAGUUGGCUAGAAUCCGUCAUGUUCAUCGCAGGUUUCCCCAAUGCCGUCCCAACCACAUUCCUCCUGACCGGGAAACCAGCUUUCUUGAACUACUUCAAAGCAAAGUCAGAUUUUGUCAAGGUUCCCAUUCCAGAAAAAGGAAUGGAAGGGAUUUGGAAAAGAAUGUUAAAAGAAGAAAACCCGUUAAUGAUAUGGAAUCUAUACGGGGGGAUGAUGGAGAGAAUUUCGGAAUCAGCAACUCCAUUUCCUCACAGGAAGGGGGUUCUUUUCAAGAUUCAGUAUGUCAACAGUUGGAGAGUGGAUGAUAAACGUGCAAUGAAAAAGCAUUAUAAAUGGAUCAGGGAGCUUUACAAGUAUAUGGGUCAGUAUGUUUCAAAUAACCCAAGAGAAGCUUAUGUGAACUAUAGAGAUCUGGACCUUGGAAUGAAUGCCAAAAAUGGAGGAAACACAAGCUUCGAGAAGGCAAUUAUGUGGGGAAGAAAAUACUACAAAGAUGACAAUUUCAAGAGGUUGGUGAAGAUCAAGACUGAGUUUGAUCCUGAUAAUUUUUUCAGACAUGAACAGAGUAUUCCAAUUCUUCCACACUAAUUAAAAUGCACAUUUCCUUUGCUUUUCCCUGUCUGUAACGUGUGACUAUAGUUUUUCGUAAGCAUAAAAUAAUUAAGUACUUGAAAAAGCUAAUCUUAUGAGAAGCUUAAUUAUUUUCUUUGUAUCAAGUAAUAUACAUCCAUAAAGAUUUAAUGUA